UCGCCGCACCACUUCGAGUUCCGGACCUCAGUGAGUGCACACGUAUGACUUUGCGUCCCGAAAGCGAAAAACGUUACUGCGACUCCGAUGCGACUCUGUGCUCGAUUGACUGUUCUUAUCGAACUGUGAACUUGUGAUUAUAAUUCUUUGAAUUAUUCCGUUGAACGAUUUGCGUUAAGUGUUGUGAAAAAGUGCAAGAUGCUAGUGGAAGAUUCUCAAACCGCUCGUGCGAUGAUGACGAAGAAAUACGCGCAUUGUCCGCUGAAGAAGCGGCCGGUGCUGGUGCGUGAGGAGCGGCCGGUGCUGGUGCGGGAGGAGCGGCCGGCGACGCCGCCCACUACGCCGCCUCACCCCGCCCACAUGGCUACGAGGCUUUAUUACGAUUAUCAAUGCGACACAGAAAAUGAUGAACCACAAAAUUUAAGCACAAAGCCUGAAGAUCUAUCUAAAACCGGCAACUAUCCCAGCAAAGCAAUGUCACCGGUUGCUACAGCGGCCGUUAAAGUAGAGCCAAAAGAGUGGUCCCAGCAGCAUCUGGAGUACCUUGCAGCAUGUCGGGCAAGAUUGGAGCCCAUGGCUACGGAGCUUCCUCGACCGACGCCGCAGUACGCCUAUCUGCCCACCCUCUAUCCGGCGUAUCCCCUGGAAGAGCUGUACCCCGCCGCGCCAGCUCUCUCUCCUCCAUCGCAUCCGCAGCUGUACACCCGGUACUCCCCUGCCUCUCCGCCCUCCUCUUGUUCGCCGCCGCCUUGCCCCGAGGAUCUCCGCUCGCCAGGGUCUGUCUCGUCAGAUUCCGGAGUCUCCGUGACUGCACCUCGUCGUCCUCGUUACCAGUGCCCCGAUUGUGCGAAAUCAUAUUCAACCUAUUCCGGAUUAUCAAAGCACCAACAAUACCAUUGCGCGGCUGCCGAAGGAAGUCUAGCCCGAAAAUCUUUUAGUUGCAAAUAUUGCGCUAAGGUGUACACAUCACUCGGUGCGCUCAAGAUGCACAUCAGGACCCACACUUUGCCGUGCAAGUGUCACUUGUGCGGAAAGGCUUUCUCGCGACCCUGGUUGUUACAGGGUCACAUUCGUACCCACACAGGCGAAAAGCCAUUUUCGUGCCACCACUGUCGCCGCGCAUUCGCCGACAGAUCCAACCUUCGUGCUCAUCUACAAACACACUCAGACGUGAAGAAGUACUCUUGCACGGGUUGUGGCAAAACUUUUUCUCGUAUGUCAUUACUCAGCAAACAUUUAGAAGGCGGUUGCGGUGCUCCGGGUGCAUCUCCUUAUGAAUACCGUUCUGAAGCACUCCCACCGUCGCACGCGCACCUACCACUUCCGCCACACGCCACCGUUCAUGCUUACUGAUAGACUGAAUACCGUAGAAUCCUCGAUCUCGAAUUAUUUAGAUUAAGUUCAACAAAUAACACUCACUAAUGUAUACAAGACCCGAUUAUUUUUAAAUAAAUUAUUCUUGUACGUUUUACAACAUAAAACUUGUGUGUGUCUAUUCUAUUAAGUUGUUACUAAGUAUAUUAGAAAUGACCAUUGUAAAGUAAGCUCCGUAGACGUAAGAUAAAGUAAGGUAGAUUAUAUUAUAAUUUGUUUAGUCGCGCUGUUUGCGGCAUCGCUAGUCAUGUGGCAUUUGCCUAGUGUCAUACACUUUUAUAUGCAUAUAUUCAUAUCCUAAGCCAUGUACAAAGUGCCUUAACUAUAGAUGAUUAAUAUAUUCUUAAAAAAUUAUAACAGUUGUAGGGUUAGUAUUUUUAUUAUUUGAUAAGAUAUAUUUAAACACAAACCUAUUCAAGAGGCUGUAAAUUAUAAAACCGUUGCCGAUAUGCGUUCCUUUGUGUUACCUCCGCAGAAAAUAAAAAGAUU